AUGGCGGGAAAUAUAGGAUUCAAUUUUGGUUCAUCUAAUACACAUUCACAGUUAUGUCCAACUUUAAAGCCUGCAGUCAAUUUCGAUCCAGAAGGUGACUGUGAACGACUGCGUAAAGCAAUGGCUGGCUUGGGUACAGAUGAAGCAGAGUUAAUCGAAGUUAUGGGUCAUAGAACAGCAGAACAACGUCAAAUUAUUGUACAAAAAUAUCGAUCAUUAUAUGGAAAAGAUUUAGCCUCAAAAUUCAAAUCAGAAAUUAGUGGACAUUUUUAUGAUACUAUGGAAGCCUUGUGUAUGACACCAGCUGAAUUCGAUGCUAGUGAACUUUAUCGAGCUAUGAAAGGCGCUGGUACAGAUGAAUCAGCAAUCAUUGAAAUUCUAUGCACACGAUCCAAUCUUCAAUUGAGACAGAUUAAAGAAGCCUAUGGACGUCGUAAGUGACAUUACUAUCAAAAAUUAAAAUAUUCAUGAUAAGAAUUGAAAUAGCCUCCAUUAGUUAUUCCUCAUGGAAUGAGUGAUACUAAAAAGUUGCGAGAACAUUUCAAUCAAUGAUCUCCGAAUUUUCAGGUAUUGGGUUUGUAGAGAUUUUGUUUGAUUGCUUGGAAGAUUUCAUCAUGAGCUGACAUCAGUUAGGGAACCACUGGAAAACCAGCUAGGAGUACUGAACAGCUGUUUCGUCCUAGUUUGGGACUCUUCAGUAGUACGCACCCGUGACCAGUAGGGUACAGCAGG